CGUUUCACUAAAUGACGUAAUCAUUCCCAGGGCUUGACAGUUCGCUGUUGCGGUAACCACACACAGUCAGAGAGAGAGAGAGACGGUUAGCUAGAUAUCACCUGUGUAUUCCUGUAGGUCUGCGGCUGUAGAACAGUCUGACUUGAAAAGACUCAUUAAACUACACAACACAUUUGUGUUGCGUUAUUCCGGACUUGGCUGACCAGCUGGCUCAUGUUAGCCGUUUCCUGGUUGGAGUUGCAGCCAUUUUGGAUUUUUUUUUUACCGACAAACAAGUAGCCGGUCGUGGGUUUUGGGAGCAGUGUGAGCUAGCCAGCGCUUCCGUUGACACACCUGAACACCGCUGCUCAUCUGCAGACAGGGGAGAAGGAGACGUUUGACGAGAGGGGACAGACUAUACAACGAGUCGACGAUGAAUCCCGAAUAUGACUAUUUAUUCAAGCUGCUCCUGAUUGGCGAUUCUGGUGUUGGAAAGUCUUGCCUUCUUCUCCGAUUUGCAGAUGACACAUACACAGAAAGUUACAUUAGCACUAUUGGCGUGGACUUCAAAAUACGAACCAUAGAACUAGAUGGAAAGACCAUUAAACUUCAAAUUUGGGAUACGGCGGGUCAGGAGAGGUUUCGUACAAUCACAUCCAGCUACUACAGAGGUGCUCAUGGUAUCAUCGUAGUGUACGAUGUCACAGACCAGGAGUCCUUCAACAACGUCAAACAGUGGCUACAGGAGAUCGACCGCUAUGCCAGUGAAAAUGUCAACAAGCUUUUGGUUGGGAACAAGUGCGACCUGACGACAAAGAAGGUGGUGGAUUACACAACGGCAAAGGAGUUCGCAGACUCUCUGGCCAUCCCCUUUUUGGAAACCAGCGCCAAGAACGCCACCAACGUGGAGCAGGCCUUCAUGACCAUGGCUGCCGAGAUCAAGAAGAGGAUGGGCCCCGGGGCCACGGCCGGCGGAGGGGAGAAGCCCAGCAUGAAGCUGACCCCCGGCACCAGUGUCAAGCCCUCGUCAGGGGGAUGCUGCUGAGAGAUGAAACCACUUCCGCUUCAUCCCCCUCCACUGCCCCCCGCGCCCUCUCACUCUGCAGGCCCGUCGACCGUGGCCCGCUACACCCCCCCUUUCAAACUCCACCGCCACACAGUUCGACAGGACAGGGGACAACGUGGCUCCCACAUCUCCGCGAAGAACAAGAUGAAGUUGCCCGCAUUUGUACUGUACAUAGUAUAGCCGCACUACCAAAAACAAAUAAAGCAUCCUUCUUGUCAUACUGUCCCGUUUAUCGAUGGCUAGUUCUGCAGAUAGGCGAUCGUCCCCCCGUCCCCCUGCCAUCUGAGACCUCUCAGAGACUACUCUUUUAUCUGGCCCUCUGAAAGCAGGUUUUGUGUGUGUGUGUGUGUGUGUGUGUGUGUGUGUGUGUGUGUGUGUGUGUGUGUGUGUGUGUGUGUGUGUGUGUGUGUGUGUGUGUGUGUGUGUGUGUGUGUGUGUGUGUGUGUGUGUGUGUGUGUGUGUGUGUGUGUGUGUGUGUGUGUGUGUGUGUGUGUGUGUGUGUGUGUGUGUGUGUGUGUGUGUGUGUGUGUGUGUGUGUGUGUGUGUGUGUGUGUGUGUGUGUGUGUGUGUGUGUGUGUGUGUGUGUGUGUGUGUGUGUGUGUGUGUGUGUGUGUUUCUCUGCAUUCCAACAGGUAAAUGAAUCGGUUUCAUUAAGGUUUCUGUCCGCGUGGACCGUUUUUUUCUUUCCUUUUUUUUCAGUUUCUCUUUUCCUUUCAGUGAUUUACGUCGCGGUUCGUGUUGGCAUGCGUCUGUCAGACUGUCCCCAUUUGAAGGUGUGUCUUUUGUUUUUUUAUUCCUCACCAACCGCCGCACAGCAGUGUCUCACUGUUUAGCAUCUAAAGUGCAACAAGUGUGUGUGUGUGCGCACACGCACACGAUUUGUCAGUUCUGUAGUGUUCAAUGCUUCAUUGGGCUCGUCUUAACUCUUUAUCUCUGCAUUUCAUUUGUGUCUGCAAGACAACUAUGUUUGUUGCUCAAAAUUGUAACACUUGAACAAAAAAAUAAAUAUUGUACUACCAGACUGUAUGAAAUGGGCGGGGCCUGUCUGCGAUUCUUGGGUGAGAUGUGUCGCGAGAGAGAAAAGGAAGAAAAAAAAAACCUGUUUGAAUUAUUUAUUCUCCAUUUGUUUUGGCGUAUCUACUGCCAAGUUAAAGGGUCUGUGUGUUUGUCAUCUCGGUAAAGAAUUGCAUAUAUAAAAUACAAUGUUCUCUUGUUUUCAUAAUAAAGGCGACUGAACUCAGUUUGAAAGGAAA